AUGGCCUGCGUUUUGAGUCGCAACAAAAGCUCGCUUUUCCCGAUGCCCCGCGCUUGCAGCUCUCUGAGACGUGCCUGUCGCAGACGGACAGGCAUGGUGGAAAUUCGCAGCAGAAUCCCACUCCCGUCGUCGUGAGGCAAGGUAAGGUCAGGCGAGGCAGGGUACAGCGAGGGCCGACGAGGGCGUAGUAUAAAUUCGUGAUCGUCCACGAUGAGGGCUGUAGUCGCUCUUUCCUCGUCAAUCUCGUCCAACUUUCUUGGCUGCCGUGUGGGCCGCAGUGGUUCCACCUCAUGUUCUGACCUCGUCCGCCCUCCGAGUGCUGGUGCUUGUGCUUCAUCGUCGGCCUUGUUCGUUCCUCGGGCUGGAAGACGAGCGUCUGUGAGCACUUGUCAGUUCGCUCAGCCACAGCGAUCGCAGCGCCAGACACGUUUUUCGGUUGUUUGUUGCUCCGCUUCUCCUGUCUCCGAACAGGCCUCUGUCAAGAGCGGCGUCGAUUCCAUGGAGUUAUUGGCGAAGGCAGCCGUGGGAAAGCCCGGCCAGCUCGGUGACUGCCCGUUUACUCAAAGAGUCAUGCUGACUUUGGAGGAAAAGCAUAUCAAAUACGACGCCACUUACAUUGACGUCUCAAACAAACCCCAGUGGUUCCUGGAGGCAAAUCCUGAAGGAAAGGUUCCAGUCAUCAAACACGAGGGCAAGUGGAUUGCAGACUCUGAUGUGAUUACUGCUUUGUUGGAGGAUCUGUACCCUGAGCCGUCUCUCAAGGUUCCCGAUGAGAAGAAAUCUGUCGGGUCCAGUAUUUUCGGUGCUUUCAUUGGUCAUCUGAAAAGCAAAGAUUCCUCCGACGGAACAGAGGCAGCUCUCCUGAAAGUACUUGUUGAGUUUAACGAGUAUCUACAACAAUCAGGCCCUUUCGUUAAUGGAGAAAAAAUUUGUAGCGUGGACCUUGCGUUGGCACCAAAGCUGUUCCACAUGCAGGUUGCUCUGGGACACUACAAGCAGUGGACUGUUCCAAAGGAAGUUCCGGAGGUGUCCUCCUACAUGAACGCCUUGUUUAGCCGAGAAAGUUUCUUGAAGACGAAGGCAAAAGAAGAGGAUGUGAUCAAAGGAUGGGAAGCUAAAGUUCUGGGCGCCUGAUACAAUUCUACCGCGAAUAGACUUUUCUCUACGCACUCUUCCUUGUGAAAGAUGACAAGCUAGACCGAUUGAGUAAAGCGCCUUGUAUAAUUAUCUGAAGUAAAAGUCGGAUUUUCUCCAGAUUGCUGUACC